CUUUGAAGUGGGUACCAUAGCUCAACAUGAUGACUAAGCUGGUAGCCAUGCUGUGGAUGACGGUAGCAGCCGCGUGUAUGGCCGCGCUGCUCGCCCCGGUCUCCGCCCUCUCACCUAGACGUCCAUUGUUCGACGCAGAGGAUGAACCCAUCAGGAGGAGAGACCUUGGAGAUGUGCUGAUGGCAGAGAAGCGAGCACCCUUCACUGACACAUUCAGGAAUAGCGGUAGACCCAGCCGAGCACAAGACAACGAGAUACUUCCUAGAGGACUACAGGAUGAGAAAGACUCCUCAGCGGAUGAGAAAGUUACACGCCGCCCUGAUGCGCCCCUCAGGUGGGGGUGACGUCGCUAGUCCUCCCUCCACUUCGAUGUACAGCAACCAAUCAGAUAAGACAACGUCUCCUCACGAUGACGUCAUAGCACCGUGGGCCACUUUAUCUUGUAGACAGAACUAUGUAUCAUUAUAUUAGACUUUGUUUUGUUUAAACUUUGUAAUUAAAAUUGCUUUAAAAUAUAAA